UUCAAAAUAAAAGCCCAUGUCAGCAUUAAAAAGUGCGGAAGACAUUUCCUUAUUUAUUCCUUCCUUCCUUCUUCUUCCAAGGCUUCUGGGAACCUGGCUUGGCUCACUUGACCGCGGUCUUGGCUUCAUCAUGUCCAAGUUCACGUCAAUCAUUUGGCCUAAAGUUAUUUUAUUUGGGGACUCCAUCACACAGGUUUCAUUUCAACCCAAUGGGUGGGGAGCAGAAAUUGCCGAUAAACUUGCAAGAAAAUGUGAUGUUAUAAACAGAGGAUUGUCUGGCUACAACUCCAGAUGGGGCAAGAUUGUUCUUCCUCGCCUCAUAAACCCCAAAAAUUCAGCAGACAGCAAGAUAGAAGCAGUUACCAUUUUCUUCGGAGCCAAUGACAGUGCACUGGAAGGUAAGAGCCAGCAGCAUGUGCCUGUGCACGAGUAUUCUGAGAACCUGAAGGAGAUGACCAGGUUUCUGGCCUCUGCUGGUGUAACUGCUGACAGAGUUAUAUUCAUCACACCUCCCCCCUUGCAUGAGCCAUCCUGGGAGAAGGAGUGCAUUCUUAAAGGAUGUCCUCUCAAUCGCCACAACUCUGUAGCGGGGCAGUAUGCCCAGGCGUGUGUCGAAGCUGCUGGUCAGUGUGAUGUAGAGGUCCUGGAUCUCUGGACACUCAUGCAAAAAGAUGGACAGGACUACACGGUCUACCUGUCUGAUGGGUUGCAUCUCUCAGAGAAAGGAAACCAGUUUGUGGCCCAGCAUCUGUGGAGGCUGCUGGAGAGCCGUGUGGCUGACCUGCCCUUCAUCCUGCCCUACUGGGGAGACGUGGACGCCAAGAGCCCCGAGAGCAGCCUGCUCUGUGAUCAGUGAAGGACACUUGUUUCAAGAUUGUGCAGAGAGCCUUAUAGUAGAUUGCAUCACGCAAAUCAACAUGCAACACAACAUGCAAAAAGGUUCAUAAGAAUUAAUGUCUCAAAUGCAAGACCAUGUAUUAAUGCACAAUAAAGAUUUUUACAUUUUUUUAAUAUUCUGUGGCAUGCCUGGAUAGAAAUCAUAGAAAAACUUAUACA